AUGUCACGACCUGUCAUUGGGGGCUUUGCAGCACAACACAAGGGCUGGCGCUGGACACAAUGGUGUAUCCUCUUCAUCGCUCUCGCCGUGUUUCUGAGCGCGAUACCCACGAAAGAGACAUACAAAAAGGUCAUUCUCAAGCGCAGAGCGAAGGCGCGUGGGAUCGAAGCUAUAGAACCCGCUGGUGGCGCCGCCGUCAAGAGGACGGUGAUCCAAAACUUUCUACGACCGAUGCAUAUGUUGGUCACAGAAGUACGUUCCAAUCAUUCUAUUCCAGAAGAUGUUCAUACGCUGACAUUUCCCCAGCCUGUAGUCUUCUUCCUCUCGCUCUACACUGCAUUCACCUUCGCCAUUCUCUUCCUCUUCUUCGCUGCCAUACCCUACGUCUUCGAACGUCCUCCCUACUCCUUCACCAUCUCGCAGACCGGGCUUGUCUUCUUGGCCAUCGGCCUGGGCGUGCUUCUUGCCAGUAUGACAGGCCUCGUCAUCGACAUCAAAUUCUACCAGGUGCAGCAUCGCAAAGCAAUAGCCGCCGGCCAGAUGCACGCCCAGCCCGAACACCGGCUGUACAAUGCUAUGAUAGGCAGUCUAGGUAUUCCCGUUGGGCUGUUUUGGUUCGCCUGGACUGCGAACGCAGGCGUGCAUUGGGCCGUUCCCGUUGUGGGAGCCGUGCCCUUCGCGUGGGGAAACUUAUGCCUGUUCGUGAGUAACACCCCGACACACGAGCAUGUACGCGCUGACAACCAGCGGCUAGAUCUCGGCGGCCAUGUACAUGGUCGAUUGCUACGGGCCCUUGAACGGCGCCUCUGCGAUGGCUGCGAAUGGUAUCUUUCGGUAUACGCUCGGCGCAGUGUUCCCGCUAUUUACCAUACAGAGUACGUGUUUGACUAUGCGAUGACAGGACAGUAG